CACAAUCAAUCAUCCUCUCUUUUUCUCUUCCUACUACUGUCUUUCUAUAUUUUCUUUGAUUAAUAUUAGCCACCAUGGAUAGGAAAUUUGUAUUUUUAGUUUCAAUUUUGUGCAUUGUAGUAGCAAGUGUCACGGGUCAGACACCCGCUGCAGCACCAGCCAAAGCACCCGUAGGUGCUAAGGUUGGUACUACUCCACCCGCUGCUGCACCAACUAAGCCCAAAUCACCUGCUCCCGCUACAGCACCAGCCUCGGCUCCACCUACAGCUGUUCCUGUUGCUCCAGUAACCGCUCCAGCCACUGCUCCCACUACCCCUGUUGUUACUGCACCCGUAUCAGCACCAGCAAGUUCUCCACCAGUUAAAGCACCAGUACAAUCUCCUCCAGUGGCUGCACCAGUACAAUCUCCACCAGCAGCUGCACCUGUACAAUCUCCACCAGCUCCAGCUCCAGAGGUAGCUACACCACCAGCUGUUUCUACUCCACCGGCUGCAGCUCCAGUUGCUGCACCUGUUGCUUCGGAGACAACUCCAGCUCCGGCUCCCAGCAAAGGAAAAGGAAAGGGAAAGAAAAAGGGAAAGAAACACAAUGCAUCACCAGCACCUUCUCCCGAUAUGAUGAGCCCACCUGCACCUCCUUCCGAAGCUCCUGGACCUAACAUGGACUCCGAUUCAGCUCCCAGCCCAUCUCUUAACGAUGAGAGUGGAGCAGAGAAAUUGAAGAUGCUGGGAAGUUUGGUAGCUGGAUGGGCUAUGAUGAGCUGGCUCUUGUUCUAAAGAGCUUAAUUAUUUUGUCAAAAACAUAUUUUGUCCAGUAUUUUGAUAUUUGACAUGUAUAAUUUAUCUUUUGGUUAUUUAUGGUGCUUUAUGGUCAAGGGGUCCUCAUUUGGAUCUGCUUAGAGAUUUGGCCACAUUGGCUCCUUUCUUUAUAUUCUUUCGUGGAGUGUAAGGGUCGAAGAUUUGUCCUAGUCUUCACUACUUUACUCCUUUUGGACUCGCACUUUCCUCUAUUUAUAUAGA